AUGUCUCCUGGUCUUUCAUUCUUCUUGGUGCUGCUAUUAACGGUGGCAUCAAAAUCUAUGGCUCUUGAAGGAGACAACAACUGUCCAACAACAAAAAUGGUUGCAAGUGUAGGUGCUGUUUUUUAUUAUAAUUGUCGAGUGGGCAGGGAGCAGAAAGUAGCCAUGGAUUUGGCCGUCCAAGAUUUGCUUCGUUUGAGUUGUUCUAAGCAGCUGGUUUUGCAACUUAAAGAUUCCCAUGGAAAUUCGGCACAAGCAACUUCUGCCGCAAUUGAUCUCAGUAAAAGCAAACAAGUGCAAGCCAUUAUCGGAACACUGACAAUACAGGAAAUUGCUCUAGUAUCCGACAGCAUUGGUAAAACCACUGAGGAUAUCCCUAUCCUAUCCUUAAAUUCACCGGCUCUACUCCCACCAGUAGUACCCUUUCAACCGCCAUUUGCCAUUCAAAUGGCAAACGAUGUCACCCUCCACAUGAAGUGUAUUGCCGCCAUUGUUGGCCACUUCAGGUGGCGAAAGGUGACAACAAUUUACGAAAACAACAACGGUUUUUCAACUGAACUAGGAACAUUGACCCUCCUUUCUGAUUUCCUUCGAGCUGAUGGCUCAGGGAUUGAGCACCACUCAACUUUACCCUCUCUGUCUUCUUAUCUAUUAGACCCAAAAGCAACCAUUGAGGAAGAGCUCAAGAAGCUGCGGAGCAAGAGCAACAGGGUAUUCAUAAUUGUUCAGUGUUCUUUAGAGUUGGCUAUUUUGCUUUUCGACAAGGCAAACCAGAUGGGUAUGAUGGAAAAAGGCUAUGUAUGGAUUGUAAGUGAUGAGAUUGCAAGCCUUCUUGAUUCUGUUGAUUCUUCUGUUACAUAUAACAUGCAGGGCGUAAUUGGUUUCAAAACAAGUUUUGUGUCUUCCAAUGAAAAUUUCAAGCAAUUUAAAAUGAAAUUCCGAAAGAAGUAUGGAUCAGAGUACCCAGAAGAACAGAAUGCUAAUCCAAGCAUUUUUGCGCUCAGGGCUUAUGAUGCAGCUUGGACCAUUGCUCAGGCCAUUACAAAAUCACUUACAUCUGAGCAAUUAUUUGAAAGAAUUUUGUCUAGUAACUUCAAAGGUCUAAGUGGGAAAAUGAGCUUCAAGAAUGAUACAUUAUUAUCAGAAUUACCAGUUUUUGAGAUCAUUAAUGUGGUUGGCAAAAGCUACAGGGAGAUAGCUUUCUGGUCCCCAGAAUUUGGUUUCUCAAAGAAUGUCAGUGAUCAACAUGAUAACAUUGAAGUAUUAGGCCCAAUAUUUUGGCCAGGUGGUCUUCAAACAAUUCCAAAGGGAUGGAGUUGCAGUGAUGAGGAGAAACCAUUGAAAAUAGGGGUUCCUGCCAUGGGUGCCUUCAAUCAGUUCGUGAGAGUGAGUUAUGAGCAGGACUUGAACAGAACAUUCAUCACAGGUUUUUCAAUUGAAGUGUUUCAAGCAGCUGUGAAGCGUCUCCCCUAUAAAUUGCCUUAUGUUUUGGUUCCAUUCUAUGAUUCAUAUGAUAAUAUGGUGAAACAGGUCUACUUCAAGGGUUUGGAUGCAGCAGUUGGUGAUACAGAAAUAAUGGCAUAUCGAUUUGAUUAUGCUGAAUUUACACAGCCGUAUGUUGAAUCUGGACUUGUCAUGAUAGUUACCAUAAAACCAGAUAAGCUGAAGGAGACAUGGUUAUUCAUCACAGUUUUUACAAAAAGAAUGUGGCUGCUGAUGGUGGCUAUGCACCUGUUUGUAGGAUUCGUAAUUUGGUUAAUUGAACAUAGAACUAACCCUGAAUUUGAAGGCAUCGGAACUAUGCUUUGGUUUUCCAUCACUGUCCUGUUCUUUGUACAAAGAGAACCAAUACGGAGCAGUUUAUCUCGUUUUGUUCUGGCGCCAUGGUUUUUUGUGAUUCUAAUUGUGUCAGCUAGUUUCACAGCAAGCCUCACUUCCAAAAUCACUCUUUCUCGGUUUAAACCGUCUGUGGAAGAUAUUGAGACACUUCAGAUAACAAAUGCAGCAGUUGGGUGUAAUGGGAAUUCUUUUAUUGUAAGAUAUUUAAUCGAUGUGUUACAUUUUAAGCCGGAGAAUAUCAGGAGCCUUCAUUCCAUAAAUGAAUAUCCAGAAGCCUUUGAAAGAGGGGACAUUGCAGCAGCUUUCUUUGUUGUCCCACAUGCUAAAGUUUUCCUUGCGAAAUUCUGCAAGGGCUACACCACAACAGGACCCACUUUCAAUCUCGGCGGCUUUGGCUUUGUUUUCCCAAAGGGUUCUCCUUUGGCUACUGAUAUUUCUAAGGCAAUCCUUGAAGUGACACAGAGUGGGGAAAUGCAAAGGCUAGAAAAAUACUUGCUCUCCUCUAAUAACUGCUCCUCUUCAACUGCUUUGAACGGUGAUAUAGAAUUAGGCCCUGAGCCUUUCUACAGCCUAUUUUGCAUUUCAGGUGCCUUUUCUGCAGCUGCAUUCUUAAUAACCAUGGUGCGUUUAGCGCGAGAACGUCAGCUGAACAUGCCUUUGAUGCCAGCAACAUUGAUAGAUAAUAGAGUUUGGAUGUGGGCAGUAAUAUUUCUUGCUCGAACUUGUGUAAAAUUUCAAGCUCGGUACAGAAGAGGAAGAAGGAGCUUUGUUGUCCCAGAAGCAAAAGACCUUGCGGAAGAACUCAAUAAGAUGGAGCAGAACUCUGUUGGUGUUGCUAUACAAGGUGUUUCCCACUAG